AUGGGCAAUUCGAGGCACGAUUUGGACAUCUUCAGUGACUACAGCUGCACCAGAAGCGUUGAUUGGUGCCGCUGGCCCGUUUGUCAGCGCUACUUUCAACUGGCUGAAUUGUGCACUCAGGCCAACCAAAGUCGUCUGGACAACUGUCUCAAGCCGGACUCGGGGUCAGCCCAAUCAGUCGACUCGUCCGACAGCCUUGAGACUCGAAUGCAGCAGCUGCGCUGUCCACAUGGCGAAUACGGCUGUCAUAAGGCGCAUGCAGGACCGGAAUUCACGGAGGUCAUCUUCCUGCCAGACUGGCUGGUGCGAGUCUGCUACGACUCGCUGGGCGUGGCUGGGGUAAGUUGA